UUUAUUAGAGUAUGGGGGAUGAAGGUGGACAAUAAAUCUUGUUUUGAUUUUCCCAAGGAAAAAAAUAAUAUCCUUGCUCACAUAUUACAAGAACUUACAAAAUACAAGGAUAACGUCAAUUAAAAAAUGCUACUACUACUUGACAAUUAAAUAAUAACCCUACCAUAAACUGAAUUAAAAAAUGCUAUUUUUUUAUAUUAAAAAAAAAUAUCCUUUUUGUGAAUCCCUCUAUUAAACAAAUUAAGUCAACUCUAUCUUAAAAGUUUUUUAAUCCCAUCCACAUAUUAUAUAGGAGAAGAUCAAGAAGGGUAUUAUGAGCAAGAAUUAUUCAAAAUGACAACAUCUUUCCCUAUGAAUGGUGGUGAUGCUGUUUAUAGCUACUCCAAAAACUCCCAAAUACAGAGAGAAGUGUUAGAUGGUGCAAAGGAGAUGAUGAAAGAAGCAAUUAUUAAAAAUCUUGACAUCAAAAACAUGUUUACUUAUUCUUCAAACACAUUUAAUAUUAUAGAGUUGGGAUGUUCAAUUGGACCAAACACAUUCAACUCAAUGCAACAUAUUGUACAAGUUGUAAAGGAAAAGUGCCAUGAUAACAAUCUUGAAUUCCAAGUAUUUUUCAAUGAUCAUGUCAACAAUGAUUUCAACACCCUCUUUCGAUCACUCCCUAUCGAUCGAUCCUACUAUGCAUGUGGAGUUCCAGGAUCUUUUCAUGGUAGAUUAUUUCCAUCGCGAUCCAUACAUUUUGCACAUUCUUCUUGUGCUAUACAUUGGUUAUCUAAGGUUCCAAAAGAAUUGUUAGAUGAAAAAACCCUAGCAUGGAAUAAGGGAUUGAUUCACUAUGUUGGUGCAUCAAGUAUUGUAGUGAAUGCUUAUGUUGCUCAAUUUGAAAAGGACAUGGAAAUGUUCUUUAAUGCAAGAGCUGAGGAAAUUGUCCCUGGAGGAAUGAUGGUGAUUCUUUCACCAUUUUCGGGUUAUCGUUACCUCAAUUUUUUUGGCUCUACUCUUAUGGAUUUGGUAAAUGAGGGAAUGCUAGAUGAAUCUCUAGUUGACUCAUUCAAUGUGCCAGUGUAUUUUCCCUCUAUUGAAGACAUGACUAAAGUGGUGGAGAAAAAUAAUUUUUUUAGCAUUGAGAGAAUAGAAUUAACAUAUCCUAAAUCAAAACUUGUGGAUGAGGCUGAUGCAAAGACUUUAAUUAUAAACCUAACAGCUGUUUUACAACAAGUUUUUAUCAAUCAUUUUGGGAAUGAAAUAACAGAAGAAACUUUUACAAGGACUAUACUCAAAAGUGAAGAGAUCUCAGCAUGGAUGAAAAUAAAUUAUGAAAAAGCAUGUCAAUUAUUUGUUGCUUUAAAGCGGAAAUAAAUUAUUUUUUUGUCAAAGAUAAGGUCUAUGGAGAUGGACAUGACAUGCAUAUGUAAUAGGACAAGUUUCUUUUGUGUGUUUUUUUUCUAAUAAUUAUUUUGGAUUUUUCCCCUCAUUUUCCUUUAUUUAUGUGCUAUAUAAAGAAAAUUGAGAAGUUUUUUUAUUAAUAAUCCUUAUGUCUAGUGCUAAUGAACAACAAUAGACAUGUAACACUAUAUCUACUUAUUGAGUGAAAAGAUACCACUUUUUUGGAGUGCUUGUGA